AUGGCGCUCCCCAUCAAGUUCACAGAAGUGGUCAAUUUGACCAAUGUCGGCAUUGCGCCGGCGUCAAUUGGCUUCACAUCAUGCACCCUAGAAUCCGAUCACUAUAUCUGUGUUCGACAGAAACUCGAAGAAGAUGAUAAGCCUCAAGUGAUCAUCGUUGACUUGAAAAACAACAAUGAAGUCAUGCGCCGGCCGAUCAACGCCGACAGUGCAAUCAUGCACUGGAACAAGAACAUCAUCGCCCUCAAGGCCCAAGGCCGCACAAUCCAGAUCUUCGACCUCGGGGCGAAGUCGAAACUCAAGUCUGCGGUCAUGAAUGAAGAUAUUGUUUACUGGAAGUGGUUCAGCGAAAAGUCCCUGGGUCUGGUUACCGACACUGCCGUGUACCACUGGGAUGUCUACGAUGCUACCCAGCAAAACCCAGUGAAGGUGUUCGACCGACUUCCCAACCUAGCGGGCUGCCAAAUUAUCAACUACCGUGUCAAUUCCGAGGAGAAAUGGAUGGUCGUUGUUGGUAUUAGUCAACAGCAGGGCCGUGUUGUGGGAUCCAUGCAGCUCUUUUCGAAGGAAAGGGGUAUUUCGCAAUUCAUUGAAGGUCAUGCUGCUGCUUUUGCGUCUAUUAACGUCGAGGGUUCCCCCCUACCCCACCACCUCUUCUCCUUCGCUGUUCGGACCGCGACCGGCGCGAAGCUGCAGAUUGCCGAAAUCGAUCACCAAAGUCCCAACCCAGCAUUCCAGAAGAAGGCCGUGGAGGUCUUCUUCCCCACAGAGGCCGUCAAUGACUUCCCCGUGGCUAUGCAAGUGUCCACAAAAUACGAUAUCGUUUACUUGGUAACCAAGUACGGCUUCAUCCAUCUCUACGAUCUCGAGACAGGUGUAUGUAUCUUCAUGAACCGCAUUUCAAGCGAAACUAUCUUCACAACCGCUGCCGAUUCGGAGGGUGCUGGAAUUGUCGGUGUCAACCGCAAGGGUCAAGUUCUGUCCGUUAGCGUUGACGAGAACACAAUCAUCGAUUACUUGACUAGCAACCCUGCAAAUGCUGGCCUCGCUGUCAAGCUUGCCUCGCGAGCUGGUCUCCCCGGAGUUGACCACCUUUUCCAAACCCAAUUUGAUAACUUCAUUGCUGCAGGUGACUAUGGCGAGGCUGCCAAGGUUGCUGCCAACUCCCCUCGCGGAUUCCUUCGCACACCCGAAACUAUUACCCGUUUCAAGAACGCACCGCAGACUGGUCAAAUGUCAGUCAUCUUGCAGUACUUCGGUAUGUUGCUUGACAAGGGUGCCUUGAACCGUUACGAGAGUGUGGAGCUUGUUCGACCUGUGCUGCAACAGAACCGGAAGCACUUGCUUGAGAAGUGGAUGCGCGAGAACAAGCUGGAGUCUUCAGAGGAGCUCGGAGAUAUUGUUCGUCCGUAUGACAUGGCUUUGGCCUUGAACGUUUACCUCCAGGCCAACAUUCCUCACAAGGUUGUUGCUGGAUUCGCCGAGACAGGUCAAUUCGACAAGAUUCUCACUUACUCCAAGCAAGUGGGUUAUCAACCCGACUACACUCAGCUCCUGCAGCACAUCGUGCGGGUCAACCCUGAGAAGGGCGCGGAGUUUGCUACCCAGCUCGCUAGCGAGGAGAGUGGUGCUCUCGUGGAUCUUGACCGCGUUGUGGAUGUCUUCCUCUCGCAGAAUAUGAUUCAGCAGGCAACCUCCUUCCUCCUUGAUGCCUUGAAGGACAACAAGCCCGAGCAAGGCAAUCUCCAGACCCGACUUCUGGAGAUGAACCUUGUUCACGCAUCCCAGGUUGCAGAUGCCAUUCUUGGUAACGAGAUUUUUACUCAUUACGACCAUGCCCGUGUUGCCCAGCUUUGUGAGAAUGCCGGUCUCAUCCAGCGCGCUCUAGAGAACUCUGAUGACCCUGCGGUUAUCAAGCGCAACAUUGUCCGCACUGACAAGCUGAGCCCUGAGUGGAUGAUGAAUUACUUCGGUCGUCUGUCUGUUGAGCAGACUCUCGAAUGCCUAGACACCAUGCUCCAGUCCAACAUCCGCCAGAAUCUGCAGGCUGUCAUUCAAAUUGCCACCAAGUUCUCCGACCUUCUGGGUGCCAACCGCCUCAUCGACCUUCUCGAGAAGUACCAUACCUUCGAGGGUCUCUACUACUACCUUGGAAGCAUCGUCAACCUUAGCGAGGACCCCGAAGUGCACUUCAAGUACAUCCAGGCUGCCACUAAUAUGAACCAACUUACCGAGGUCGAGCGGAUCUGCCGAGAGAGCCAGUACUACAACGCGGAGAAGGUGAAGAACUUCUUGAAGGAGUCUAACUUAACCGAGCAGCUCCCUCUCAUCAUCGUUUGUGAUCGCUUCAACUUCAUCCACGACUUGGUUCUGUACCUUUACCAGAAGCAGCAGUUCAAGUCCAUUGAGGUGUACGUACAGCGCGUCAACCCAUCCCGUGCCCCUGCUGUGAUUGGUGGUCUGCUGGAUGUCGACUGCGAUGAGAGCAUCAUCAAGAAUCUGCUCUCCAGUGUGGACGCCAAUUCCAUCCCCAUUGAUGAGCUUGUUUCUGAGGUUGAGAGCCGCAACCGCCUCAAGCUGCUUCUUCCAUUCUUGGAGGCUACCCUUUCAACCGGCAGCCAGCAGCAGGCCGUUUACAACGCCCUCGCAAAGAUCUACAUCGAUAGCAAUAACAACCCCGAGAAGUUCCUCAAGGAGAACGACAUGUACGAUACCUUGAUUGUCGGAAAGUACUGUGAGAAGCGUGAUCCCAACCUUGCGUACAUUGCCUACCGCAAGGGCCAGAAUGACUUGGAGCUUAUCAACAUCACCAACGAGAACUCCAUGUACCGUGCCCAGGCCCGCUACCUGGUUGAGCGUUCCGAUCCCGAGGUUUGGACCUUUGUUCUCAGCGAGAAUAACAUCCACCGUCGCUCGCUCGUCGACCAGGUCGUUGCCACUGCUGUGCCCGAGUCUACCGAGCCGGACAAGGUUUCUGUGGCUGUCAAGUGCUUCCUCGAGGCUGAUCUCCCCGGUGAGCUGAUCGAGCUGCUAGAGAAGAUCAUCUUGGAGCCUUCACCCUUCAACGACAACACCAGCUUGCAAAAUUUGCUGAUGUUGACUGCCGCCAAGGCCGACAAGAGCCGUUUGAUGAACUACAUUCAACAGCUGAACGAGUUCUCUGCCGAUGAGAUUGCUGAGAUGUGUAUUGGUGUUGGUCUCUAUGAGGAGGCCUUUGAGAUCUACAAGAAGGUCAACAACUACCUCGCUGCCGUCAAUGUGCUUGUUGAGAACAUUGUCAGCAUCGACCGGGCUCAGGAAUUCGCAGAGCGUAUUGAGCUCCCCGACGUAUGGAGCAAGGUUGCCAAGGCCCAGCUCGAUGGUCUGCGUGUCUCCGACUCUAUUCAGUCCUACAUCCAUGCUGAUGACCCAUCGAACUACAACGAGGUGAUUGAAACUGCAACCCACGCUGGCAAAGACGAAGACCUCGUCAAGUUCCUCCGCAUGGCUCGCAAGACCCUUCGCGAACCCGCCAUCGACACCGCUCUUGCCUUCUGUUUCGCCCGUCUUGAUCAGCUUGCAGAGCUUGAAGACUUCCUCCGGUCGACCAAUGUCGCCGACAUUGAAACCUCCGGUGAUAAGGCUUACGAGGAGGGCUACCACCAGGCCGCCAAGAUUUUCUUCACUAGCAUUUCUAACUGGGCCAAGCUUGCGACCACCUUGGUGCAUCUCGCUGAGUACCAGGCCGCUGUCGAGUGUGCUCGCAAGGCCAACAGCGUCAAGGUCUGGAAGCAGGUCAACGAGGCUUGCGUUGACAAGAAGGAGUUCCGUCUUGCCCAGAUUUGUGGUCUCAACCUGAUUGUCCACGCCGAGGAGCUACAGAACCUGGUUCGCCAGUACGAGCGUAACGGUUACUUCGAUGAGCUCAUCUCCGUUCUCGAGGCCGGUCUUGGCUUGGAGCGUGCCCACAUGGGUAUGUUCACUGAGCUGGGUAUCGCUCUGUCCAAGUAUCACCCGGACCGUGUGAUGGAGCACUUGAAGCUCUUCUGGUCUCGCAUCAACAUCCCUAAGAUGAUCCGCGCCUGCGAGGAGGCCAACCUGUGGCCCGAGCUUGUCUUCCUUUACUGCCACUACGAUGAGUGGGACAACGCCGCUUUGGCCAUGAUGGAGCGUGCUGCCGAUUCCUGGGAGCACCACUCUUUCAAGGACAUUGUCGUCAAGGUUGCUAACUUGGAGAUCUACUACCGUGCCCUGAACUUCUACCUGCAGGAGCAGCCUCUUCUUAUCACCGACCUGCUCCAGGUUCUGACCCCUCGUAUUGAUGUCAACCGAGUCGUGCGCAUCUUCCAGAGCUCCGAUAACAUCCCUCUGAUUAAGCCUUUCCUCUUGAACGUGCAGACCCAGAACAAGCGGGCCGUCAACGAUGCCAUUAACGAGCUUCUGAUUGAGGAGGAGGACUACAAGACCCUCCGUGACUCUGUGGACAACUAUGACAACUUCGAUGCUGUUGAACUUGCCCAACGCCUUGAGAAGCACGAUCUCAUCUUCUUCCGCCAGAUUGCUGCCAACAUUUACCGUAACAAUAAGCGCUGGGAGAAGUCGAUUGCUCUGUCCAAGCAAGACAAGCUCUACAAGGAUGCUAUCGAGACUGCUGCGAUCUCUGCCAAGUCGGAGGUUGUUGAGGAACUGCUUCGCUACUUCGUGGAUAUUGGUAGCCGUGAGUGCUAUGUUGGCAUGCUGUAUGCCUGCUACGACCUCAUCCGCCCUGACGUGAUCAUGGAGAUUUCAUGGCGCAAGGGUCUGCACGAUUUCACCAUGCCCUUCAUGAUUAACUUCCUGUGCGAGCAAACUCGCACCAUUGAAAUGCUCAAGAAGGACAAUGAGGAGCGCAAGUCUCGAGAGAAGACCAACAAGACCGAGGAGGAUAACACCCCCAUCCUCGGUGGUUCUCGGCUCAUGCUGACCCAAGGCGCGGGGCCACAGGCCAAUGGCUUUUCUCCCCAAGUCACUGGUUAUCGCGCGUUCUAG